CCCUGCCACCCCGGCCCCCCGCCGCCCCGGCCCCGGCCCCGUCUAACAUGGACAGCCGCAAGCUCAGUGAGCUCCAGGCCUUUAUCAGGCUCUGCCAGCAGGACUCGAGCCUCCUGCACACCGAUGAGCUGCGCUUCCUUCGGGACUGGGUGGAGAGUAUGGGUGGUAAAAUUCCACCUGCUCCACAAAAAGCAAAAUCAGAAGAAAGAAUCAAGGAGGAAAAAACUGAAAGUAAGAAACCAGAGGAACCCCCAAAACUAGAAGAGCUAGAAAGUGAGGAGAGUGACGUAGAGAUUGAUAAUGAAGGAGUGAUUGAAGCAGAUACUGAUUCCCCUCAGGAAAUGGGAGAUGAAAAUGCAGAGGUAACAGAUGAGAUGAUAGAUCAGGCUAAUGAAAAGAAGGUGGCAGCCAUUGAUGCCCUCAAUAGUGGUAACCUGGAGUCAGCCAUUGAAUUAUUCACAGAGGCCAUCAAACUAAAUCCCCGUUUGGCUAUUUUGUAUGCUAAGAGAGCCAGUAUCUUUAUAAAACUGCAGAAGCCUAAUGCUGCUAUUAGAGAUUGUGACAGAGCUAUUGAAAUAAACCCAGACUCCGCCCAGCCCUACAAAUGGCGAGGCAAAGCCCACAGACUCCUUGGCCACUGGGAGGAGUCUGCCCGGGAUCUUGCCAUGGCUUGUAAACUGGACUAUGAUGAAGAUGCCAGUGCUAUGCUGAAGGAAGUCCAGCCGAGGGCCCAGAAGAUUGCUGAACAUCGGCGAAAAUAUGAAAGAAAACGCGAGGAGCGAGAGAUUAAAGAAAGGAUAGAGAGGGUGAAGAAGGCUCGGGAGGAACAUGAGCGAGCCCAAAGGGAGGAAGAGGCCCGGCGAACUUCAGGAGCCCAUUUUGGCUCUUUUCCAGGUUUUCCUGGAGGCAUGCCUGGGAACUUUGGAGGCAUGCCUGGCAUGGGAGGGGCCAUGCCUGGGAUGGCAGGAAUGCCGGGCCUCAAUGAGAUUCUUAGUGACCCGGAAGUGCUUGCAGCCAUGCAGGACCCAGAGGUGAUGGUGGCGUUUCAGGAUGUGGCUCAGAACCCCGCAAACAUGUCCAAAUAUCAGAGCAACCCAAAGGUUAUGAAUCUCAUCACCAAAUUGUCAGCCAAAUUUGGAGGUCAAGCGUAAAUGCCCUUUUAACAAAUAAAGCCCUUACUGAUGGAGAAACAA